UCUUUGGUCAAGCAAUUAGAGCGAGGAGAGGCCUCUGUGGUAGAUCUUAAGAAGAAUCUGGAAUAUGCAGCCACAGUGCUUGAGUCUGUAUAUAUUGAUGAAACAAGGCGCCUGCUGGAUACAGAGGAUGAACUUAGUGACAUUCAGUCAGAUGCUGUGCCUUCUGAAGUUCGGGAUUGGCUGGCCUCCACCUUCACACGGCAGAUGGGGAUGAUGCUUAGGAGAAGCGAUGAGAAGCCCAGGUUCAAGAGCAUUGUCCAUGCAGUGCAAGCUGGGAUAUUUGUGGAGAGAAUGUAUAGACGGACAUCAAACAUGGUUGGGUUGAGCUAUCCACCGGCUGUAAUCGAUGCACUGAAGGAUGUGGACACAUGGUCCUUCGAUGUCUUUUCCCUCAAUGAGGCCAGUGGAGAUCAUGCUUUGAAGUUCAUUUUCUAUGAAUUACUCACACGUUAUGACUUGAUCAGCCGUUUUAAGAUACCCAUUUCUGCACUUGUCUCAUUUGUGGAGGCCCUUGAAGUUGGUUACAGCAAGCACAAAAAUCCUUACCAUAACCUGAUGCAUGCCGCCGAUGUCACACAGACUGUGCAUUACCUCCUUUAUAAGACGGGAGUAGCAAACUGGCUGACAGAGCUGGAGAUCUUUGCAAUAAUCUUCUCGGCUGCCAUCCAUGACUAUGAACAUACUGGAACUACCAACAAUUUCCACAUUCAGACUCGGUCGGAUCCAGCUAUCCUGUACAAUGACAGAUCUGUACUGGAGAACCACCACUUGAGUGCAGCCUACCGUCUUCUCCAGGAAGAUGAAGAGAUGAAUAUUCUGGUCAACCUCUCAAAGGAUGACUGGAGGGAGUUUCGAACUUUGGUAAUCGAGAUGGUAAUGGCCACAGAUAUGUCCUGUCAUUUCCAACAAAUCAAAGCCAUGAAGACAGCCCUGCAGCAACCAGAAGCAAUUGAAAAGCCGAAAGCCUUAUCCCUCAUGCUGCACACAGCAGACAUCAGUCAUCCUGCGAAAGCAUGGGACUUGCACCACCGCUGGACCAUGUCUCUCCUGGAGGAGUUCUUUAGACAGGGUGACCGAGAAGCUGAGCUGGGGCUGCCAUUUUCUCCUCUGUGUGACCGAAAGUCAACCAUGGUUGCUCAGUCACAAGUGGGUUUUAUUGACUUCAUUGUGGAACCCACCUUCACUGUGCUCACGGAUAUGACUGAGAAGAUUGUGAGUCCAUUAAUUGAUGAAACCUCCCAGACUGGCGGGACAGGCCAGAGGCGAUCAAGUUUGAACAACAUCAACUCAUCAGAUGCAAAGCGAUCAGGUGUCAAGAGUUCUGGGUCAGAAGGAAGUGCUCCCAUCAACAAUUCAGUCAUCCCUGUUGACUACAAGAGUUUUAAAGCCACUUGGACCGAGGUGGUGCAGAUCAAUCGGGAGCGGUGGCGAGCCAAGGUUCCCAAAGAAGAGAAAGCCAAGAAGGAAGCUGAAGAGAAGGCUCGCCUGGCUGCUGAGGAAAAGCAAAAGGAAAUGGAAGCCAAAAGCCAAGCUGAACAAGGCACAACCAGCAAAGCUGAAAAAAAGACAUCAGGAGAAACAAAAUGUCAAGUCAACGGAACACGCACAAGCAAGGGUGACAACCCUCGUGGGAAGAACUCCAAAGGCGACAAGGCAGGCGAAAAGCAGCAGAAUGGUGACUUGAAAGAUGGUAAAAAUAAGGCAGACAAGAAGGAUCACUCCAACACCGGAAAUGAGUCAAAGAAAGCAGAUGGUACCAAGAAGCGUUCUCAUGGCUCACCUGCUCCAAGCACUAGUUCCACAAGUCGCCUUACUUUGCCAGGAGACUACGGAUAAAACAUCAUCCAGAAACUUCCUCGGAAGAGAACUUACCAUCCCCAAGGUCUGAAGACAUUGUGGAAAGCUUAGAUUUCUUUUCCCCAAACAAAAUCUACAUGUAUUGUAAGUUGUUAAGUAUUAAACUCCAAUUUGGUGAGUUUUGCUCUCCUCAAUACAA